AUGCAGCUGGUGAUCCGUCGGUACCGUCCUGCAGACAAGGACACAGUGCUCACCCUCUUCAGUACUGGCACCUUGGAGCAUAUUCGUCCAUGUUUCUAUAACGUCAUGACCAGUCGCCUUUACCUCACCAUCACCCCGACUCUGUGUGUUGUUGGUUAUCUCCUUGGCUCUGUGUUUGGGGCUAUUCUGUUCCCAGCAGCUUGGGUAGGUCUCAUCUACUACUGCUGUCAUGAAGUAUAUGCCAGCUACGUCAGGUAUAAACUUCGCACCGACAUGCAGGACAUCCCUGGGAACUUCCUCAGCAGACCUGAUGACUGUUUCUGGGUGGCUGAGGCCGAGGUUGGAGCGAGAGCCCAGGUUGUUGGUAUGGUGGCUGUGGUAGCUAAACACAGUGGGACAGAAAAGUAUGGGGAAAUGUUCAGAAUGAUCAUUUCCCCACAGUAUAGACGGAUGGGCCUCGGCUUAAGGUUGACUCAGACUGCGGUUGGCUUCUGUAAAGAACGGGGCUUCUCCAAGGUGGUGUUGGAGACUAGCUCCACCCAAUUGGCAGCCGUGGCCCUGUACAGCAAAGUGGGGUUUAACCGUGUCCAGUCUAAUGUCAAAUCACAAAUUGUUUUUUGGGUCUUUUCACUAGCCAGGGUCACGAUUAUAAGGAUGGAAAAAUACUUGUAA